AUGCGCCUAGGAACCGCCCUGCUUCCCGUCAUCUCCUUGGCCUCGGCGUCCGCCGUGCCAUCGUGGCACGACAAAUCCGCGCACGAAGUGUACCACGAUACAGCAGCCUCUUAUAGGAUACCCACCGUACAUGAGUCCGCCGUCCUAGCCCGCCGGAUCCUCGACAUUGAAAAGAUUGCCACGCUGUCAACCAUCUUCCCUAACACACACACUACGGAGAAUCGCCCCUCAGAUGUUGGAGGCUCACCCAUUGGCUUGCCAGACUACUUCGCCAAUUGCGAGCCGGACACGGGCAACCCUACCAUCCUCGAACUCCCGAUAGCGACCUCGUUCAAGAACGUACAAGCUGGGUCCAAUAUCUCCCUAUCGCUAAGGUGGCAUGCGCCCUAUAGACAUUGGUAUAGCGUAGCUUCUGUGCCUCGCUUCAGCCUCGUUGGCUACCUAGAGGAGCUCACGGACGAGGAGGUCAAGGAAGAAAGCAUAGCGGCUUGCUUCGUGAAGAAGCAUCCUGACGCUGCUGCGUGGUUGCCAGGCAACAGGAUACACGUUAGCAAGUGGGUGCGCUUUGUUGUUCAAGAGAUUUAUUGGAUUGGGGGCUUUGGGGACCGCGCAUAUAUUGGAUGGAUUCCGCUGGAAGAAUGGCAGAGCGUGACUCGAGAAGAGAUGGAGAAGGCCAGGCUCCCAGGUGAGGGGUCGGGAAGGAGCUCGUGGAAGUCAUGGUUUGGGUUGAAUGACAAGCAAGAGAUGUUGGAGCUGUGA